AAUAGUAGAAGAAGAAGUAGAUGCGGAAGUAGUUCUGCUCGGUUGCUAACGCGUUAGCAUGCUGUGUUGAUGUAAUUGUUUUCUCUUAACGGUAAAAAUGAACAGAAUGAUUAAACCUCCGGACUUUGACUCGUAUGAGAUCGAGGAGCCGAGCGACGAGGAAAGAGCCUCCAGCAGUUCGGAGGAUGAGCUGGAGGUGCUGCUGAACGGGACGUCGGAGCAGAAGAAGAAGCUGAUCAGGGAGUAUCUGACGGGGGAGAGCGAGUCGUCCAGCGGGGAUGAGUUUGAAAAGGAGAUGGAGGCUGAGCUCAGCUCCACCAUCAAGACCAUGGAGGGAACCUGGGGGCCGGCAGCAGAAUCCUCAGGAGGAGGAGGAGGAGGAGGAGGUGGUAGUGGGGGUCCUGGACUUCCUGACCCUCGAAUGUAUGACAAGAUUUACUUUGACUCCGACUCAGAUGAGGAAGACACACCGAGCAGCUCCACCGGUCGGAGGCGGAAACAACGAAUCAUCCCGACCAACGACGAGCUGCUGUACGACCCCGACGAGGACGACCGGGACCAGGCCUGGGUGGACGCCAGGAGGAGAGGGUAUAACGCCAGGAAGCGACCUGCGGCAGCGCUGCGCUCACGGCCGCGUCAACCUCCAGCUUUACCCAACAGCGACGCCGUUCUCAACUGUCCCGCCUGCAUGACGACGCUCUGCCUGGACUGUCAGAGACACGAGAAGUACCGCACACAGUAUCGAGCCAUGUUCGUGAUGAACUGCACGGUGAAGAAAGACGAGGUGCUGCGUUACAAAAGCGACCAGGAGAAGAAAGAGAGGACGGGGAAGAAGAGGAGGAGGAGAGGACAGAAAACAGAGGCACCGGUGGAUGAAGCUCCUGAACCGAUGCCAGCGGGGAUGGACGCCGACGAGGUUUACCACCCGGUGCAGUGCUCCGAGUGCUCCACAGAGGUCGCUGUGUUCGAUAAGGAUGAGGUCUACCACUUCUUCAACAUCCUGACCAGCCACUGCUGACACUUUCUUUUUUUUUUUAGCCUUUUCACUUUGUGUGCAGCUCCUUGACAGUUGCUGCAUUUAAAGCUGCUACAGUCGAUAUAUUUUUCUUUCUUUUUGUUUUUUUUUAUUAAUAAUGACGGAGAGCGAACCAGAGCUGGAGGAGAGUGAAUGUUGGACACUAUGAACACGUCUCUGAAUAAAAGUCCUUUAUCUCGUGUU